CCCUGAAGCACGAAAGUUUCUGUUUCUAGACGGGCUUAUAGGUGAUUUAGUGUGAUUCUAGGUUGAUCACUGAGAAAAAUCAGCCUGUGAAGUAGUAGUUCGUAUCUUUCCUGUUACUCGCAGUAACCCAGCUGCGUGAAUAAUUCCGGACUAUGUGUUGGCAUUUGUGGUAGGUUACCUUCCAGAAGGUGGAAUUUAGUAUAUGCACGAUAGGCGUGCUGAUGAGCAUCAGAUUCAAGAAGUAGUGUUGCUGUGAUUCGUGAAGUUUGUCUCAUGCGAAAUCUAAAACUAUUGCUACGAAUUAAAAAAACAUACUGCAUGUUGACAAACUAAGUACUCCCUCCAUCCCAUAUUAAGUGAUUCAAAUUUGCCCAAAUAUGAUGUAUCUAUGCCUAAAAAGCGUCUAGAUACAUGUAAUAGAAAGUCACUUAAUAUGGGACAGAGUGAGUACUUUAUUGAAUUGUGGUACUGCUCGGCUUAUAUGUGUAAAAGCCAUGAUGAAAAGGGGUGCCUUUUCAAAACAGAUUUAAGUGGGUGUUGAGCAAUCUCAUCUCAAUCUCGACCAUUGGUAACAAGUCAGACAGUUGAUAUGACCCUUAAGAGUUAACGGACCAUCACCACCAAUUGUUUUCUUUAUAGCAGCUGAUUGUAAGCAUGUUAUGAUAUACAGGUAACUUAAAUAUUUUCGUUCCAAAAUAUAUAAAUCUUGUGUAGAAUUUCAUGAUAGCAGUUCUUACUUCUUAGAGUUGUAGAUUACACAGAAUUUGUGUGAACUGCUUCCAGAUAUGAAACAUGCAAAAUCUUCAGAUUUUAGCAUGGCUUGGAAUGAGAACAUUAGAUUUUACCCUUUUUUGUUGACAUCAUUGGUUUCAGGGCUUCAUUUUGGCUUAAACAAAUGAAUAUGCCUUGGUAAAAUAUGAAAAUGCAUACAGCCUUUUGCAAGAGGAAAAGAAAAGUACGCGGAAUGGAAUAUGGUUCUUCAGUUUCCUUACCUUAUUGUUUCAACAACGGACGAGAACGUAGAUGCCCAAUUUGGUUAAGAAACAAGAAAGUUUAGUACGUAGAUUCCAUACUUUUUGUAAGCGAUAGGCUAGGACAGCUUUCCUUGAAAUAUCUAUCCUUUUACAGGUUCAGUUUGUUUGCAUCAUCUUGUUCACAUGACUUGUACCUGGCUUGGGUCACUUUGUCUGGCUUCAGUAGCAGGUUUACUUGUACUGUCACUGAGCUAUAAUUGUCUGGAGGUUCUCCGGUGUUCAUGUUUGUAGUAUAUUUAAGGAAUUCUGCACCCUAGACAUGGGUUGUCUGUUUAUGAUUAUGUCUGUAUUCACCCUAGGAUUGCAGAGCACCUCUAAAAUCCAGUUCAGCCACUUAUUCUGCUAUUCUAUUAUUUCUGUUUGCACCCCAGGUUCAAAACGAAAUUUCUGGUUUGUAUCCUUGUUUUCUGUCAUCUCUUGGUUGAAUGAAUCUUUACCACCUUUGCCGGUUCCCAACCAAGUUGUCGAUACAUUAAAAUCUAGCAUUAUACUGCUUUAGUUCUUGAAAAAUGUUAUGGGUUAAGGUUCUGUGAGUUAGGACCACCGUGGCACACAAAGAUUUUCCGCAAGGUUGAAAUAAUCAUACUAGUGAUCCAUUUCUCAUGUCAGAGUCAAUGUGGCUCAUGCACACAAUCACAUGCACGCUCUCAUUCUUAGACAUGAAACUAUGCACAUGCACACAUGGAACAUUAUCUUAUUAGAUAGAAAAACAACAAGCUUUCUCUAUACUAGCAAUAUGCAUGCUUUAUCAAACCCCAUUAUUAUUGCUCAUUGGGUAGUAUUAUGUGGUUCUGUCCAUCAAUAAUAAUUGCUCAGAUAGUCCACCAAAUUGCUAUUUGGUGCAAAUUGGUUUCUGGUGUCAGCUUAGAUUUUUAUGUGGAAGUUUCAGGACAAGUGGAGGGUAUGACGGAAGACAAGGCAUGUUCUCAUGCUUGAUAAAUUUAGUCCAGGCAGAAGCACCAUGGAGAUUGUUCUAUAGAUAGCUACAUUAUUUGCAUUUUUUAUGCCAUAAAAGAUUGCCUUAUGUGGAAUUUUACUGUUUUGUUUGAUUGCCUGAUCUUGUUGUUAUUUGUUCAAGUUACAAGCGAUAUAGAAAAGUUGUGCAGUCACAGCUCUGCAUUCGGUUAUUCAUUAGUCAAGAGAUAUUUCUUCCAUGUGGCGUGUUUCUGUGGUGUUUGUUAGCAUUCUUGUUUUGUUUUUUGACAUGUUUGUCCUUUGGCUGUCAUUAGUACUGUCAAAGAUCUGGGUGAAGGUUAUUUUAACAAGUUUAAGUAAAACCUCAUGAUACCCUGUUUUGGCUGGUGUAAUUUUUCUCUCUGUUUUCACCAUUGAGAAAUUGCUGAUUGUCUUUGUUGGCGAUGUGGGCUAACUAUUCCAUUCUAGUGUUAGGAUUUAUUUUUGUUACCUUUCUUUUGUCAACUUUGAAAGGCCUAUGUAUUUUUUUUAGUGUAGUUGCGCUCCAUAGUACUCCCUCCGAUCCAUAAAAAGUGUCACCCACUUAGUACAAAAUUUGUACUGACUUAGUACAAAAUGGGCGACACUUUUUAUGGAUCGGAGGGAGUAGCAUUUAAUUUGUACAUUUUGCUAGAUCAUAGUUGAGAAUCUGCAAAUUACAGUAGUAUCUAAGUAACUUGCAAUACUUGUUCAUGUCAUAAUUUCCCUUUUUUCUUGUUGGACAGCACCUGCGAUUCUGUACAUCGGUUGAGGCAGACUGGCAGAGUGCUAUGUUAAUGAACAUAGUUGCAACAUAUUGUUUGAAUUUAUCAUUCAAAAGCUUAUGGCAGAGAAGAAUUACUUAUGUCUGUAGUUAAGAAAAUAUUUCCUUUUUAAUGUAUAGAGUUAAAUUUCUAAGGCAAACUAUUAACUCCUUUGGCAAGCUAUACUAAGUAUAUACUUAUAGGAUGACAUGACCCAUGUGGCUCAUAUAAUCUUGGAUUGGCCCAUGUGGCCGUAACUCUGUUGCAUAUAAAAAAAUGCUUGCCAAUUGCAAUUUGGAAGAAGAUGCAAUGUUGUGAAUAGAUCUCUUCUUAAAAAGAAAAUUGUACGCUGCACAAAUUGAGUUUGAGAAGCAUGUGCAGAUGUAUUUAAUUAUUUAUUUUCAUGAGAGUGAAUUAUUGAAGCAUUGGAGGGAUAAUACAUAAUAGCUGGACAUUGGAGCCCUGAAGUCUUAUGAGUUGUUUAGUGCAUUCGAUGAAGGUUAUAGCAUGGCGAUGGUUUGAUUCUUUUGCUUAAGCUUGCUAUCAUACGCUAUAGUGUACUCUUAAGAUAAGCUGUACAGAAGUAUGAAUAUAUCUGGUAGAGUUUACCUCUUCUAUCUGUCACAUUCUACAUUAAAAAUUCACUUGUGGCUGUAAAGGUCAAUAGUGAUGAAAAAAUACUGGAAAGGUUCUCAUGUGUUUCCGCUUCAGAUUAUUUAAUUUACACUGCUUCAGAGGAUAGAUUCGCUAGCUUAUAAAAGUGGUGAUUGUACAUUUCAAGCAACAUGAGGGUGCACCUUUGUCAUUAUUGUAAUCGGUUAUCAAAACCCAACAGGCAAAAGUAGUGAAAAGAAAAUUCUUUCUGCAUUCUUGGUGGCUCUGGCUCCUUAAUUUACAGUUUGGAUACCCAAAGCUUUCACUUUUCCUAGUGGUUUUGUUCCAUCAUUAUGAUGGAUCAUAUAAUAUGAUUUUUUGUACUUGUUUGAUAAACACAAGUUACGAUGAUGAGUAUUUUGCUACUGCAUCUACCUGUUUUCUUGAAGAAUUCAUAUAGCCUUGUAGGUUGUAGGGAGCUUUUCUGACUUCUGACUGGCAAACACUAUGGUUCUCUAGGACACCUUUUCUUUACCCUCCGAACAACCAACAAAUUCUGCAUCUUUUAAUCAAACAGGCUAUAUUGGAAAUGUAUAACGAGGCGGCAUUAUAAUAGUCAUUAUUAUUAUUAUUAUAAGAGGAUCUUUAUUGUAAGACUGCAUUUAUAAUUACAUGUGGAAACUUAAUAGUUUUAUGAAACAUAAAUUCAAAAUUUCCAUUGUAUCUGCUGCCGCAGUGUUUGGGCUACAAAGUAAUGAUGCUCCAACUGGGCGAUAUAUUUGUUUUAUUUGUAAAACCUUAAGCAAGAAUAUUAUUUCUCAAUGAUUUAUCUAAUAAUCUGCAGCUUUUUGGCAGAGUUCAAGCAAUCCAUUACAUCUUUUUGACUUCAAUUAUGGAAUACUGCUGAUGCGCCUUCAGUUAAUGCAUUAGAAAAUAAAACCACUCCUUAUCAGUUUCUCGGGACUGCCUUAUUCAUUAUGAUCUUGUGACUGAUUUGCAGCCUCUUGCCAUGUAAGUAUUUUUUCCCCGUGUAUCAGAGUCAACUGGACACUGUUCAAGCACUGACACAGUGGCGAAUGCCCUAUUCAUCCCAAAGCACCGGUGAGGUCUCACGCUGUGAGGUAUGAUUUCCAUCAUUGUUAAUUUUUCUUCGUUCUCACUAAAUGGUAGUACUAUUGUCUCCUGGUAAUAAUUCUUUCAUAUUAUGUACUCCCUCCGAUCCUAAGUUGUUGUCGAAAUAUUACAUGUAUCUAGACGCCUUUUAAGAAUAGAUACAUCCAUUUUUGGGCAAAUUUGAGACAAGACUAUAGGAUCGGAGGGAGUAUUAAUCUUCUGCACACUGUAAGUGUUUAGGUGUUAUGUUGAUACCUUGUGUAAUACAGUCAGUAGAUAAAAACUGAACCUCAGUGCAAUACCCUUUCUUCAAACAUUAUGAUGGUUGAUCAGGAUGUGCGCAAAUACACAUAUCGCGGGAAGAAGUUCUAUACUACAAAAGAAAAAGAAAAACAUUGGAAUGAACCAACCGGCUCAUCCUCCAAGGACUCCGCCAUCGCGUGAAAGACAACUCCGACAAGAAAGGAAUUUGGCCGAAACUCUCAUCCGUACUCUAGGGGUUUUGCACUACCAUUAGUCACUCCACCAGUCGGACACAAUUCUCCUUGGUAGGUGGUGCCAAAGCUGUACUCCCCACCAAGUCGAACACCGUUCCUUUUACGUUUAGAUGCUUCGCGAGGCCACGCCACUUGCAGUCAAAUCAAUAGUGUAAAGAAGUAAAUUCAACAAUAUUUGAAAUUUGACCUGCACCCUUUGGCUCAUUGCCAUGCCUGAAGCUCAAGGGGCCACUUGUUGGGUACAACUAUUUCCCAAUUGGUGUUGUGUGUAAACCCUACGCGGCGUAUACAUGGCGAAGACCAAGUCAAUACAAGUCAAAUGAGUUCAAGGUGGUCCACAAGUCAACGAGUCAAACAAUAUGUCAAACAAAUAAAAGAUUGAAUCAAAGAGAGAGGCCCAAGAAGAAAAAGGCCCCAAGAGGUGGAGGGAUGAGAGACAUGGUCCACCAUUGACCACUCCUCAUACCUAGUCCAACAUGGACACCCUUUACCUUCUUGCCUCUCCUUUUUCCAUCCCUCAAGGGCACCCUUGGUGUUUUGUCAAUGGGCCUUGGCCUAUAUGAAGACUGCCAAGGUUGAGUUGUAACCAUUCCACCUCAAGUGAAUAAACCCAAAGGGAGAGACAUAUAGCUCCGAGGGAGCUCUGGUCUCAAUCCCCGGGAAGUCCCACACGCCCUGGAGUUGAGAGUCGAUGUGGUUUGGGAGGUUUGGAAACUCGCUCCAUUGAUGUAGAUGGACCUAUUCAAAAGAGAAAAAAAAACAUCGACAUCUCAUGUUUGCUGAGUGUUCGACGAUGACCUUCACAUAAUGCCGUCGUACUUGACCACUAACAUCAUGUUGCAACCAUCACCUGUUGACAUGCGCUAACUCUAGUGUUGCUCUACAAUGACAACAUAUACGAUGUAUGCUUAGCACACAUCUCUUGCUAACUCUAGCAACUUGGCAAAAUUUAGUAUGUGGUAUGCAUAUCAGUAAGAGGUGAAUAAUGACCCCCUUCUGAUUGCUACAUGCUACGUUGCUGCACAGAUCUCACCACACAAUUGCCCCCCCCGCCCCCCAUAAGAACUGCUGCAUCAUUUGUUGUACUUCUGCUGCGCACAUCUGGCCCUGUUUGGUAGGUUCUCUUCUAACCUUUUUAGCAGCUAUCAACCUGUAUGUCCAGCUAAGGAAAAUGUCUUGUACUCUUGCGUGCCCCUAUUAACUUCUCAUCUGGUGUUACCUGCCACCCAUAUUGCCUCAAUUCCAAGAUUCCAAUUACUGAGUAAGGUAUGUGUGCUGCAACACAAGUUAGCAAAAGGCUAAGGUUGUAAGGAGCUGAGACACCCUUUUUUCUUAACGAGCUUCUGGACUUGCUUGUCCUGUUCUUGGCAAUUUUAGAUUUCUACCUGUAGAACUUGGGAUUGAUUUAACUUCAACUGCAGUUAUAUGCAUCCUUAUUCGUUUGUUUGAAGUUGACCUUUAAAAUUAUUAGGCCCUACCAUUGAGAUAGGGUCGGGGAAGGCACUAUUCUUGUGUAGGGUUCUUAUGAAUGGAAAAAGGGAAUUUGGUACAACACUUGGUCAAUGUCUACAGAAGUCAUUUGUCAGACGCAGUGUCAUGUUGUUGAUUUUAACACGAAGUGCUGACGGCUGGCAACUGUUGAUGUCAAAUAAUUUCUCCAAAUAGGCGUUGUGUUAGAAGCAAGAUGCUCCAUGGACAAUCAUUGGAAACUCCAAAUUUUUCGAUUUGCCAAGACCCUACCAGUGAGCUUCCUAAUUCAAGGAAUCUUAUUGGAUUAUUCUUGAGGUGUCCAUGGUGCUAGUUUUCUUGACACUGAUGGAGUUAUUUGCCCCUGAAGCUGAUGGAUGCUUAACUUAUGGUUUGUGGAUACUUGAAGGCGAUCUUUACAGGUGAAUGGUGUUAUUAUCAUAUAUGCUUGCUUUAAUGGAGUCUGUCGGCUGAUGGGAAAUACUCUGCGCGCUCGGCUUAUGAGGCCCACUUCCUGGCCAUGAUUCCGCAGCCCCUCCUGUGCAGAGUGGGGAAGAUUUGGGCAGAAAGGAAGAUCAGGGUUUUCCUGUGCUGUUGCUGCAAAAUCGUAUCUGGACGGCGGAUAGGCUACAUGCUAGAGGUUGGCGUCACGAUGAUAAGUGCUCCCUUUAUGAUCAAUGCUUGGAAAGUGCUAGCUAUCUGUUUAUAACCUAUCCCUUCGCUAGAGAGCUUUGGUUCCUCCUGAGCGAUCGCAGCCCUGGCAUUGCUCCUGUUGCCUUGUCGUCAACUACUCGACUUUGGUUAAAUCCUGCUGGAGGAAGCUUUUGACGCUGGGUCUCUCUGCUGUUGCCAAAGACUGCUUAUUUCCUCUGGCACAUCUUGAAAGAGAGGGGUAGAAGAAUUUUUGAGCAAAGAUCGAUGCCGGCGACCAUUCUGAAGAGUGUUGUUAUUGAGGAUCUUUGCCUCCUGGGUGAUGGGGGGUAGUCUUUCUUUCAUUGUUUUCUGUUGAGCCAUUCCCUUGUUGCCCUGAUUUUUUUUUUCCGUCGGUGUUCUCUUUUCUGUAUUUGUACUCUGUUCUCCUUUUCAUCUAAUACGAAAAAGGCAGUGCUCCUGCCAUGUCCGUAAAAAAGAACAAUAAAACACACAGUUCAUAAGUAACCUGAAGCUAAAUUUGAACUUCUAGGUUGCUGGGGCACUCAAUAGGGGAGAAUAAAUCAUGGCACGCGAGGUUACCUGCUGUAGUUGCUUUAGCUAAUAUAUGCACUUCUCUCCUUUUUAGAAAUCUUGCUUUAGCUAAGUUAGCUUUAACAUUUUUAGUAACAGCAAUGUACUUAAUUCCUCUUGUCAUGAAAAAAAGUGUGUCAGAUCAUCAUGAUCAAUGUGUCCCAGGAGGUUACGCGUCAUGCACAGUUCAGUGAUUAAACUAUGCCACAACUAAUGUCUUAUGCAAUAUGCAUACUCUCUUUUAUUCAGAACUUGCCACAUGUCCGCUGAGUGUCUAUCAAUGGGCAUAGUUGAUCUCAUUCAAAGGGUGAGACUACUUACAUGGGGGGUAUACAGGGCAAAAGAACUAACUAAGCUAGGGCAUGCAUUCGAAGCUGGCCACAGAACUAUAUCUAGACUGCCACCCUCAUAACUUCCUCUCUACUCUUCAUCCUUUCUCCUCUUCUCUUCUGCACCAAUCUCCUCAAAAUAACGAGUAUUCUUAUAUACCAUUCACAACUCCAAGAAAUCUUCUUGAGAUACAACAUAUCUUCUCUGUCAUCUUUUCUCUGUGGUGCAUGCAUUCAUGUGCAACAGAGUUGAGAUCGAAGCAAACACGGCCAUAUAAUACUAGCUAGAUCAAGGAAACCUAUUACGUGCAUGGAUCAUUGGAGUGAAAGUGAGGGCAAGAGAUCCCAUGAUCCUAUCUUCCAAACCAAACUCAACUGCCGCCAACAUGUUGAAGAUUUCUGCAAGAAGAGGGCAGAUGCUGUCGCUACUAGUACGGGGCGAUGUAUCUGGGUUCCCGGGCCAAUCGUCGUGGGUGCAGGACCAUCAGGGCUUGCUGUCGCUGCAUGUCUCAAGGAGAAGGGGGUGGACAGCCUUAUCCUCGAGCGCUCCAACUGCAUAGCUUCCCUGUGGCAGCUCAAAACAUAUGACCGUCUGAGCCUUCAUCUUCCCCGGCAGUUCUGUGAGCUUCCUCUCAUGCCUUUUCCUACCGAUUACCCUAUUUAUCCCUCAAAGGAGGAGUUUGUAUUGUACCUGGAGGAGUAUGCUGCAAGGUUUGGCAUCUGCCCCACGUACAACCACGAGGUGGUAUGUGCAGAGUAUGAUGAGAAGCUUCUGAUAUGGCGGGUGAGGACGCAAGCUACAGACAGAAUGGGAGAGGUUGUAUAUAUGUCUCGGUGGUUGGUUGCGGCUACUGGUGAGAACGCUGAGGUUGUGCAGCCAGAGAUUGAUGGCCUCAAAGAGUUCAAGGGAACGGUUUUGCACACCAGUGAAUAUAAAAGUGGCCUAGCGUUUGCUGGGAAGCGUGUUCUUGUUGUUGGCUGUGGCAACUCUGGCAUGGAGGUGUGCUUAGAUCUCUGCAACAGCGGUGCACAGCCCCAUAUUGUAGUAAGAGACACUGUACACAUCUUGCCAAGGGAGAUGCUGGGUAAGUCCACCUUUGGGCUGUCAAUGUGGCUGCUUAACUGGCUUCCAGUCCACAUGGUGGACCUGAUUCUGCUGUUCGUAGCAUGGAUCAAGUUUGGGGAUACUGCUCAGCUCGGGCUAAAGCGACCUACCAUCGGUCCUCUCGAGCUCAAGUCACUCUCAGGAAAGACCCCAGUUCUUGAUGUUGGCACAUUUGCUAAGAUUAGGUCUGGCAAUAUCAAGGUGCGUCCGGACAUAAAACAGAUAUCAGGACGACAGGUAGAGUUUUUGGACAGGCAGACGGAAGACUUCGAUGCGAUUGUGCUUGCUACUGGCUACAAGAGCAACGUCCCCUUCUGGUUAAAGGACCGGGAGUUGUUUUCGGAGAAAGAUGGCUUGCCAAGAAAAGCAUUUCCAAACGGGUGGAAGGGCGGUAGAGGGCUCUACUCGGUCGGAUUCACCCGACGCGGUCUGAUGGGAACCUCGGCCGAUGCGAGGAGGAUUGCUCACGACAUCGAGCAACAAUUGAGUGCCGAAGGGAAGCAUCCGGACGUGCUGCUCUAGCUCCCAUUGCUUUUGUUUGCCGCAGCGACAGGAGGAAGCGUGCCAUCCAUCUCAAGUUUGUGAAUAUAUGUGUAGGUUUGGCGAGAGUGAUGCCAUAUUUGCCGACCUCAACGGUGCAGUUAAAGUGGCAAAUGGUGUAAUGCAUGUGUUGCAUGCUGUGGUGCUUGCCUUUUUAGUGCUUGUAUAGGGUAUUUGUAUUUGUUGAUUUUUUUUUUGUGUUAUUUGCGUUUGAUGACUAACCAUCCUAUAGGCAGUUCUGUAUCAUCCUCGGAGGGGUAAUAUUGAAGUGCCCAUGUUCGACAAUCGGGCUCUGUUGGCCUCGACUGAUCAAUGUGAAUCUAGAUUGGUUUUCCGUGUCUCACGUUUGUAUAAUUGCUACGCCUGUACUUGCUCA